AUGGCGACUCAUUCGUAUGCCCAUCAGCAGACGGACAGUCAGCAGAGCGAAGAUCAUUUAUACGGCUCUGGCAAUAUAGCCUUUAAUCAACGACGCCUCAUGCACCCCAGAAACUCUGCUGAAUGUACUUCAUCUAGUGGAUCUUGCUCGAGCCCUGGGCCAUCACAGCAGCCGCAAAGACAGUUUCAGGACAUUCUACCAUUUCGUCAAAACCCUCGUCUGACCGUGGUAACCAGCUUUGCCGCAUCAGCUCCCAGCUCGAACGGUACGUACAGUCAGGCAGGAUCGGACCACUAUAGCUAUAUCUCAGGCUCCACCCCCGGCAGUCACACGCCCAAGUCAUCUACAUCUCCACCAAUGAAUCCCGGCUACAGCACCUCUGCAGCCAAGAAGCAGCGAUACUGGCUUCAUAUCCGGCAGCAGCCACGAGCCGGCCGCGCCUGCUCCAACGGUCGAGACCGGCGCGCCGUAGAUCCCCCGCCCGUCCUGCAACUGCAGAUAUCGGACUUCGACCCCAACUCUCCCGCCGACAUCGAAGACAUGCAGGAUCAAUCCUUCAUCGUGCAUUGUCUCCUCUGUACGGCAUCCGGCCCGGCACAAGACAUCUCCGUCGUGAUGUGCCAAGACGACAACAGCAGCGGCCAGAAAGCCGAAAAACAGAUCAACGGCAACCUGGACGCCAGCCCAUUCUUCUGUGACGAAGAUCCAGACCCGCACACCGCGCCGCCCCAUCCCUCGUCACAGCUGUACUACCCCGCACAGACGAUACCGCCUUCGCACGCGUCGGGAAGGAAUCUGCCCGCCACCUUCUUCUACUUUGCCGACCUCUCCAUUCGCAGGGCGGGCGUGUACCGCCUGGAGUUCCAGCUCAUGAGACUGAAGAUGGAUGGAACCCCGCUGCCCAUCUUGCACUCGGUCCUCAGCGAGCCUUUUAAUGUGGUCAACGCCAAGGAUUUCGAUCACGUGCAGCCAAGCACGCCGCUGGUGAGGGGGUUGGUGGCGAGCGGAGCUGGCUUUCCCUUGAAGUUGAAGCAGGGCUCUAGGGCGCAGAGGACGUCGCCUGAUGAGUAG